AUGGAGGUGCUAGCGAAUGCAGCCGCGGUAGAGAUCUGUAAACUCGUAGACGACGACUAUGCAGUGUUUCGUUUGGAAAUAACUCAAAGCCAGAAAGAAAACAAGGCAUUGCGGAGGAAACUACAGCUACUGGAAGUUAAGGUGGCACGGGAGCGCGCAGAGAGGACAACGCGAGAGCGCGUCCUCGCCUGUCAUCCCAGUAGUGUCAAGAUCCUCGAUCAAUACAGAGGAAAAGCAAAAGGUGAAGGACAUCUCACUGGAGGCCACAGGAGCUUUGUGAAGCCAGCCGGACACAAUACACGGAGAGAUGACCAACCAAUCACUGUUGAUGAAGAGAUAGGAACCUCAACCCAGCACGUUAUCGUGAUAGUGUCUGCAGAUGCAGAGGCUGCAUGUCCUGGGGUCAAGCAGGAGAGGUCUGAAGGAGAGGAGGACCCACGGCACAGUAGAGACAUCCAGACUGGAGCGGCUGGAGCGCCCCCUGUAGCCACGGAGGACCUCACCGCUGCCCAAGUGCAGUCCAGGACCCGACGUAGCAUCCUGGAGGAGGAGGGUCCGGAGAUGCUGCUGGUGAAGGAGGAGGAGUGUGAGGAGGGUCUGGGGAACCCUGAGGGGACCAGACUACACCUCCUGAACACACAUAGGAAUCAGCUGAGCAGCACAGGACCACACACAGUCUCACUGAGUUGAGCCCACUGUGAACUACUGUCUGAAUGGUAUUAG